GCGGGAAACGCAAACGAGGAAUCGGUGCGGAACUCGCUGCUGCUCAUCAGGGACUCCCCAGUGCCGUCGCAGGCAGCCGACCAGGAACACUCCACGUCGAUGCUCGGGUGCCUCCAGGCCGUCUUCGAGGAGCUGGCUCGGGUCGAGAUGCGGAUGCUGUCUGCUCGAGGCGCCGGCGGCGUCGUCCACGCCAUCAACUGGUGCCGAGACACAGUCGGGAAGGCCGUCAAGUCGAUGAGUGCCAAGGUCAACAACGUGAGGAAGUGCAACGGCUGGUCCAAGCUCGGCGCGGUCACGAAUGCCAACAGACGCCUCUCCGUGAUCCUCGCGAGUGGCCGCCUCGUCACACAGAG